AUGGAGGACAGAGGUAGGACCGGUUUCCGCGAAGGCGGCUGGGGUGCGGAGCAGGGACCUAUGGAUGACGUCAGGGGGUCUAACCCUAACGUGAUGGGGAACGGCGGAAGCUUUUCCGCCAGAGGGGGAAAUGGAGAGGAAGGGGGAGCGGAAGCGGGGGGGUCCGAUAAAGGCGCGGGAAGGGCGGCGGAAAGGGAGGAGGGGAAGGAUCGAGCUUGGGGGAAUGGCCAGGGGGAAGGCGCGGGGGAGGACGAGCGGAAGAGAAAAGGGGGAGCGGGGGAAGAGGACGACAGGGGUUUCGGAAGGGUUUGGGGGGAGCCUGGGAGAUAUGGGUGGGGCGGGGGGCGGAGGGAUGGCGGGUUUGGGGACGGGAGUUUUGACGGCAGCGGGGGUUUUGGCGGAAGAGGAGGGGGGGACGCGGGGGGAGGCGCGCAUGGGGGGAGAGGCGGGAUGGGGCGCGGGGGAAUGGGCGGGGAGAUGGGGCCGAUGGGAAUGGGGGGGAUGGGUAUGGGGCAUAUGGGGGGACCGAUGGGGCCAGGUAUGGGGGGCAUGGGGGGAGGCAUGGGCGGAGGGGGGAUGGGUGGCGGGGGGAUGGGGGGAGGCAUGGGGAUGGGUAUGGGAAUGGGCAUGGGGCAUAUGGGCAUGGGGAUGGGGAAUAUGGGGGGAGCGGGCGGAAUGGGAGGCAUGGGGGGAAUGGGAGGGAUGGGGAACAUGGGGGGAGGAAUGCCUAUGGGGGGAGGGGGCCCGCCUAUGGGCGCAGGGCGUCCCCCUAUGGGCGGUGACGGCAUACCCAUGAGCGGAAGCGGAAUGGGCGGAGGCGGAAUGGGCGGAGGGGGAAUGGGCGGAGGGGGGAUGGGCGGAGGCGGAAUGGGCGGAGGGGGGAUGGGCGGAGGGGGAAUGCCCAUGGGCGGAGGGCCAGGAAUGCAGAUGGGGGGAGGUCCGGGCGGAAUGGGGGGACGGGGAAUGCGCAUGGGUCCGCCUGGGGGAAUGCCCAUGGGCGGAGGGGGGCCGGGGCCGGGGCCGGGGGCAGGAGGCGGGGGAGGCGGAGGCGGAGGGGGAGGCGGAAGCGGAGGGGGAGGCGGAGGGGGAGGCGGAGGCGGAGGGCCAGGGGGAGGGGAAAACCGCCAGAUGGGCGCGGGAGGGCCUGGAGGCCCGGCCAUGGGCGGAGGGAUGGCGGGAGGCAUGGGGGGGGGAAUGGGGGGAGGAAUGGGGGGAAGGAUGGGCGGGGGAGGCAUGGGGGGAAGGGGGGGCAUGGUAACGCCUGGGGGGCGCAUGGGGUAUGUGGCAACGCGGGGGAAGUCAAGGGGGGCGCAGAACGACUAUUCGCAACACUUUGUGGACACGGGAUACAGGCCCCAGAACUUCAUACGCGAUAUGGACGUCUCUGAUAGGUUUGAGGAGUAUCCGAAGCUGAAGGAGCUUAUAACGAGGAAGGAUCGCAUCGUGGCUGAUGCGACAACGCCUCCUGUGUACCUUCAGAUGGAUUUGAAACAGGUCGAGUUGACUCCUGAGAUAUUCGGUACCAAGUUUGAUGUCAUUCUGAUCGACCCCCCUUGGGAGGAGUAUGUUAGGAGGGCACCGGGCAUGGGGGACGAGAUCGAGUGGUGGACGCCGCAAGAGAUCAUGGCGCUGCGGAUUGAGGCCAUAGCCGACACGCCUUCUUUCGUCUUCCUGUGGGUGGGGGACGCUGAGGGCCUGGAGUAUGGGCGCAUGUGCCUCAAGAAGUGGGGAUUUCGCCGCUGUGAGGACAUCUGUUGGGUGAAGACCAACCGGGAGAAGCCGGAUAGCCCCUGGGGGCACACGUCUGAGACGCUGUUCCAACACUCCAAGGAGCACUGUCUGAUGGGCAUCAGGGGGACAGUCAGGAGGAGCACAGACGGCCAUGUCAUUCACGCAAACAUUGACACUGAUGUGCUUAUAUCGGAGCAGCCUCCCUUCGGGAGCACGGAGAAGCCUGAGGAGCUCUACUCCCUCAUCGAGCACUUUGCUCUCGGGCGGCGACGCAUCGAAUUGUUUGGCGCUGACCACAAUAUCCGGGCAGGCUGGCUGACCGUGGGGAAAUCUCUCACCUCCUCAAAUUUCAACCCUCAGGUGAUUGGUCACGGCCAGAUUCUUACUUAUCCUUUCCCCUACUCCCCCCUCCCCCCCACUCUUCGACUUUAA